UCCCACUCUGCCGUCUUCCGGUUUUGAAACGCUGGCGACCGGUCGUCACCUAGCCAUCUGGAAAGCCACAAUCUGGAUCAGUGCAACAAGGCCCUGGCCCCAGGGUUGCUUCUUAUUGGCCAAUGUGGUCAUUGUUAAAACAGAUCAGAAACACUUGACGUUCUGCCCAAUUCAGGGAGGAAUUAACCUCCUUCUUGACGCAGAGAGCGCAUGAUAAUGAUAGGUACGGUCUGCCUCUAGGGGCCGCGAGGGGAUUGACCGCCAGGGAGCGCUUGCUACUUCGUCAACUUACGACUGGGUAUGCCCUCGACGGAAACGCACGGGAAUUUGCCGGGACCAAGGAACUGAGCUUUUCAGAAUGACUGCGUUGCCGCUGGGACUAGCAUCGCUAUGCUACUGCUAUAUUCUGGUGUUUAUGCCAACGUGGGGCUCCGUGAGGGCGUCCCAGGUACCAAUACACUACCUGAACCCUGAUGAUACACAGGAUAUCGACUAUGCAGACCCCUGUAAAGCUGACCAAUUUGAUGGUGAUAUAGCUUUAAGUCCAUAUGACAUCAGUACAUUAGCAAGAUAUACAAGAGAAUGGCAGCAAGGGGAAAACUUUCCAGGGCAGCUAAGACAUCGGCAUAUGCAGUCAAGAAGAUCACAGUCUGGCAAAAAACUGGACAGCGGCUAAACAGAGCCACUCCAGACAAAAAUCCCAAAAGUUGAGGGAACGUCGUCUCCACAGAUCAGGCCCCACAGCCAUCCAGAGGGUAGACAGCAGAAUACGGCGGGCAGCAACAGCAAGGCCCGAGAGGAAAUGGCCAAAUGCUGUCAUACCCUACACUGUGGAUCCUAAGGCCAACUUUUCAGGUAGUCAGCGAGCGAUGUUUAAACAAGCAAUGAGGCACUGGGAGAACUUCACAUGUGUCACCUUCAUUGAGAGAACUGAUGAGGAGAAUUACAUUGUCUUCACAUACAGAGAGUGUGGGUGCUGUUCCUUUGUGGGCAGAAGAGGGAAUGGACCACAGGCCAUCUCCAUUGGAAAGAACUGUGACAAAUUUGGCAUUGUUGUGCACGAGCUUGGACAUGUGAUAGGCUUCUGGCAUGAACAUACUCGACCUGACAGAGACCACUGGGUCACCAUCAUCAAGGAAAACAUCCAGCCCGGACAAGAAUACAACUUUUUGAAAUUGGAGAAAGGAGAGGUGGAUUCUCUCGGCGAGUCCUAUGACUUCAACAGCAUCAUGCACUAUGCUCGAAACACCUUCUCCAGAGGAAUGUUCCUUGACACCAUCCUGCCACGAAGGGACGCGGAGUCUGGUCUGCGGCCAAACAUCGGACAGCGAUCGCACCUUAGCAAGGGAGACAUUGCCCAGGCAAACAAGCUCUACAAGUGUAAAUCAUGUGGAUACACUCUCCAGGAGACAACAGGUAACUUCACCUCCCCGGGCUGGCCAAACAAAUAUCCACCCAACGCUGACUGUGAGUGGCGCAUCUCUGUUACACCUGGAGAAAAAAUAGUCCUCAACUUCACAUACAUGGACAUUGUACCGUCACGUGGCUGCUGGUACGACUAUGUCGAAAUCCGAGAUGGACACUGGAGGAAGUCACCACAGAUAGGGAGGUUUUGUGGCAGUGAUGUUCCCAAAUCCAUCGUGUCCUCAGACAGCAGACUGUGGAUUGAGUUCCAGGCCAACAGUAACAGGGUUGCAAAGGGUUUUUCUAUCCAGUAUGAAGCCAUCUGUGGAGGGGACAUCAAGAAGGAAUCAGGACAGAUUCAAAGUCCGAACUAUCCUGAUGACUACAGACCAAACAAGGAGUGUGUGUGGCGAAUAACUGUACCCAGAGGAUACAACAUUGGGCUGACUUUUCAGGCAUUUGAAAUAGAGCGGCACGACACCUGCUCCUAUGACUAUGUGGAGGUGCGGGAUGGACUCGAUGAGGAAUACUCCGAUAGGCUGGGCCGGUACUGUGGGUACAUCACGCCUGACGACAUCAAGUCAUCGUCCAAUACUCUGUUGGUCAAGUUCGUGUCUGAUGGCUCAGUUAACAAGGCUGGCUUCUCUGCUUCAUUUUUCAAGGAGAUGAAUGAGUGUGCCCAGCCAGACAAGGGAGGAUGUGAACAGAAAUGUGUUAACACCCUGGGAAGUUUCCACUGUGAGUGCAGUCCUGGGUACGAACUCAGCUCCAACAAGCGCACCUGUGAACCGGCAUGUGGUGGCUUCCUGACCGGCCUAAGUGGGAACAUCACCAGCCCCACCUUCCCCCUGGAGUACCCCCAGAACAAACGCUGUGUCUGGCAGAUCGUGGCACCCUCACAGUACCGCAUCACUCUCAAGUUUAACCACUUUGAAUUAGAAGGCAAUGAUGUGUGUAAAUAUGACUCCCUGGAAGUGCGCAGUGGCCUGUCCCCUGAGUCUGAUGUCCUGGGACGCUUCUGUGGAUCAGAGCUGCCUGAGUCAGUAACAUCCACGCGUAAUAACAUGCGUGUGGAGUUCAAGUCUGAUAACACUGUGUCCAAGAAAGGCUUCCAUGCAACCUUCUUCUCAGAUAAGGACGAGUGUGCAGUAGACAACGGAGGCUGCCAGCACGAGUGUGUGAACACGCUGGGGAGCUACGAGUGCAGGUGUCGCAACGGCUUCACACUGCACGAGAACCUACACGACUGCAAGGAAGCUGGGUGCAAACAUCAACUCAACGCUGCGACGGGAGAAAUAACCAGUCCAAACUGGCCAGACAAGUACCCGGCCAGAAAAGAGUGUACCUGGCACAUUCUGGCCACAUCUGGACAUAGGAUAAAACUGAUGUUCAAUGACUUUGAGAUCGAGCAGCACCAGGAGUGUGCCUAUGAUCACCUGGAGGUCUAUGAUGGCCACUCUGCAGACGACCCAGUUCUGGGACGAUACUGUGGCAACAAGAAGCCUCCGCCAGUCGUUGCCAACUCCAACCACAUGUUCAUCAAGUUCUUCUCUGAUGCCUCUGUCCAAAGGAAAGGGUUCUCUGCUUUACACACUACAGUAUGUGGGGGCACUCUACUGGCUGCAGAGCACGUGACAGACCUUUUCUCACACGCGCAGUACGGGGACACCAACUAUGGACAGCAGGAGGAAUGUGAUUGGACAAUCACUGCCAGACAGGGCCAGACAGUCAGGCUGGCCUUCAAGUCCUUUGAAAUUGAAGAUGAAACCACAUGUGGCUAUGACUAUGUGGAGAUCUUCGAUGGUUAUGAUGAUUCAGCUGAAAAACUGGGGCGUUUCUGUGGAGCAGAGACCCCUGACGUGAUUGUGUCACGAGGAGAUUCGCUGCUUGUUCGCUUCCGCACAGAUGAUACAAUUAACAAGAAAGGCUUCCACGCACAGUAUGUGGGAACAGCUCUGAAGGAGACGUACUAUGCCUAGUGGAGCUCUGCGUUGUCAGGUCACCACACAAACUGCCAUUCCAUUCUACAAAUUAUACACAUAUUCAUAGUCUGUUCUCAUUUAAGAGGACUGAAAUUACAUAGUGAUAAUUCAAAGUACACAUUGUACUUGUACUUAAUGCUAACAGUGAAUUCCAUCUUUCUGGAUGGCCCUACGAUUGUGAUGGAGACAAACAUUGAAAGGUAUAUCUUAUCCUUCAGCAUGCUUCAUUAUAUGCACACCAGUGCAUAUUGUAACAUGCUGUAGAUUAAAAUCUGUAAUACCAAAGACUGGUCAGUGCCUGUAACAACAAGUUUAAGUGCUAUUGUCAGCAAUGACACUAAAAUACAACAGUUGCUGAUUACAAGCAACCAUCUUAAGUAUUAGUCAAUGAACGUUUGUACAAAAUAUUAACCCCUCUGAUGUUAAUGAAAAUCAAAUCUUAUAAUCAUAUAUCAUACUUUUCAGAUUCCUGCUAGCAGAUAAAGUUAAUACAACUGUAUUAUGACAUCAAAGUAAACACAGCAGCAGGUUACUGUUAAGGUGACUCAUGAGCAUUUUUCCGCAAGUCGUAGUUACAGGUUUCAAUAUGGCUGCCAUGUUUUAUAUAACUUCUGGGGCAAAAAUUAACUUGAAUACCGGGUAGCAUGAAUCAUUUGUAAGAUUAUUCAAUAACAUCAGAAUGGUACAUAUUUUGUACAAAUGUCUAUUUUGGCAGAGUGUAAUAGGAAAUGUUGAUGUACGCACUUUAACGGAAGGCCCAAACUGUGAGUUGAUGUCACAAAUUUAAAGCCAUCCAUGGUAAGAUGGGUUUACACGACUCAGUGAUUUUGCUAUCUCUGAUUUUCAGUGUGAUCUUUUAUACAUAUAUAAAUAUAUACUAAUUUAUCUCUUUUCUACCAUGAUGUGUGGAUAUUGAAUGGAUUUAACAAAUCAUUCAGUUUAAAGACCCACUAUCUCUGAAUUUUAACUUUUUACUAACGUGAAGUCUUUGUUCUUGAUUGUUUUUGUUUUGAUAGAAUACCUGUUGUUAUGAUCUUUGAACAAUGAUAAAGCAAAUCUGCUGCCCCCUUUUUAUUGUGAUUGAUCUACAGUCACAGCUAUUCAAAAACACCAAAUUCACCAUACAAAAGUACCUUUUGGAUAACAAGGUUCUUUACUCACAACCAGUAUCCAUGUACAAUCAACAACUGAUGUUUUGGUGACUGCCUAUCAUCUUCUUACUGGUACUAUUACACAAUGCAGCUAGAUGUUGCUGUUAACAAUGCAGCACCAAAUGUUAAGAACUGUCAUACUUGUGGUCCAGAACAUAAUGUGUUUCAUAGGAACAAGAAUGAUGGUUGUCACACACCCGUAUACAAAAUAAAUAUUAUCCAGCAGCAAUUGAUAAGGAAGUUAAAUAUUGUCUGUUACUUCAUAAAAAUGCAGUGUGUGACAGUUCUUCAUGUUUGGAACCACAUUGUUGGCAGCAACAUCUAGCUGCAGUGUGGAAUAGUACCAUUCAGUAUUGUCCUUAAGCCCACUUUACAAAUCAAGAAUUUAGCUCGGCCGAGUUGUCAGCGAGCUCUAAAUUAUGAGGAGACAUGACUCUGAUGCCUACGAACAAAUGGCAGAGUUUCUUCGUCAGCAUCAGGAUCAUACCUCCUCGUAAUUUAGAGCUCGCUGACAACUCGGUCGAGCUAAAUUCUUGAUUUGUAAAGGGAAUGUCAGCUGUUGAUUGUAAACAGACCCUGGUUGGGAAUAAAGAAUCUUGUCAUCCAGUGAUUUUCCAGUGUGUAGAAAUUAUUCAGAGAAGCAUGUUUUACAUGACAGUUAUAAUGCAAUCCUAAACAUUGUACAUCACCAUACCUUGGUCUGUAUAUACGUUAACUACAGAAUGACAAUGAGCAGGAUUGCUGUGGAAGUGUUUCAGUAUGAUCAUCAUUUGCCUCUCUGUGGUCAAGUCACGAAUUUUUCUUUAAUGUUAAUAUUUUAAUUGAUAUUUUACUUAUAGAUGUAGGAUACAAUAUUUUUAAUGCAACUUUUUAUGAAUAAAGAUUUGUAAGUGUA